AUUGCCCGGUUGUCUCCGCUGUUCGAGAACUACAACAACAAUGUUCAAAUUCCUGGUUCUGGUUGUCCUGAUUCCAGCCGUGAUGCUGCAGAAUGCAGACAACGUGGAUCACCUGAGCUGGGACCGAGUGGCUUUCCGUCCCUGUGCCGGUGCUCGCCCUGUUCCUUCGGAAGUUCGAAUGUUGGAUUGUCCGAGUGUACCAUGCCUGUUGGCGAGGGGCACUGACGGUAAAAUGGCCAUGGACUACACUUCAGUUCAAGAAGCUACAAAUCUGCACACCAUCGUAACGGCCACCGCGUUGGGUGUCACCGCUCCUUACGAACUGCCAGCUGACCGUGCCGCUGCCUGCAACUGGCUGGUGCAAUCUCGCUGCCCAACAAGUCCCGGAGAGGAAUUGACUUUCCACUUGAGCAUGCCGAUCACCGCCAUUUACCCGCUGGUUAGUGUGGCCGUCGAAGUCGAUGUGGUGGAUCAAACCCAGCAGUCGCACGGCUGCUUCGUGCUUGAUAUUCGUGUGGUUGCCAAUUGAGUGCUGACUUGAACACAAUUUGUCCGAUUAUGAUUUCUAAGUGAAUUAUAAAAGUGGCAGAAUUAAGAAAAAAUCAACUAAAUUCUA